AUGACCAAUUUACUUUGUUCGAGGUCGCUCAUUGGAGCUUCCCGUAUAUUCUCAAGUUUCAAUGGUUUCACUCCAGCGGUCAGACAAAUGAGGCGCAGAGGAUUGGCAGAUGCUUCUUCAAAUGAUAUGACUCUCCCUCUGAAAGGGUAUAAAGUACUGGACAUGACCCGAGUGCUUGCAGGCGUAAGCUAAAACCCUGUGACUUCAUAAGAGGUUUCUGACAAUCCACAGCCAUACUGCACGCAAAUAUUAGGAGAUCUUGGGUAUGGUUUGCUAUUCCUCGGGCUGUCAUUCAUACUCACGGAUAUAGUGCAGAAGUGAUAAAAGUCGAGCACCCCACCAUGGGUGAUGACACUAGACAUUGGGGACCUCCUUACGCAAAAUACUUGGAUGGCUCGGGUAAGGAAGGGCCGGGAGAAAGUGCAUAUUUCUUUGCUGUAGCUUGGCCUCAUACUCUCGUCCAUCGCAAACUCCACGGCUCACUAAUCACUAGGUAAAUCGAAACAAAAAAUCACUAGGGCUGUCCUUUAAACAUCCAUCGGGAGUUAAAGUUCUUCAUAAACUCGCUGCAGAAAGUGACAUUCUCGUUGAGAACUAUUUACCGGGUACAUUGAAGAAAUAUGGGAUGGACUACGAAACUCUGCGAGAGAUCAAUCCGCGACUGGUAUACGCUUCUAUUACCGGUUAUGGCCAGACAGGUCCGUAUAGUAAGCGAGCCGGAUACGAUGUUAUGGUAGAAGCCGAAAUGGGGUUGAUGCACAUCACGGGAAGUAGAGAUGGACCACCCGUGAAAGUAGGGGUUGCCGUAACUGAUUUGACGACCGGCUUGUAUACUAGUAAUAGUAUUAUGGCUGCUUUGUUGGCAAGAGGAAGGACGGGAAGAGGGCAGCACAUUGAUGUUGCUCUAUCUGAUUGUCAAGUUGCUACAUUGUCGAAUCUGGCGAGCUCCUGUUUGAUAAGCGGGGAGAAGGAUGGGGGAAGAUGGGGGACUGCUCAUCGUAAGUGUUUCUUGAUCUUGUUGAAAGCUCUUCCUGACAAUAGUGUUAGCAUCGAUUGUACCAUAUCGUUCGUAUAAGACGAAAGACGGGGAUAUCUUAUUCGGCGGAGGAAAUGAUAGAUUAUUCGGACUUCUGUGCGAUGGGCUUGGACGUUCAGAAUGGAAAGAGGAUCCAAGAUUUGUCAUUAACACAUCAAGAGUUGCGCACCGAGCAGAGUUAGACAGCUCUAUAGAGAAGAUCACGCAAGAUAAAACCACUAAACAGUGGCUAGAUAUUUUCGAGGGCUCCGGACUACCGUAUGCGGCCAUCAAUGACAUCCAGGGAACAUUGAAUCAUGAGCACGUGUUGGCAAGGGAUAUGGUUAAGGAGAUGAAUCAUGAAUACUGCGGUCCCGUAAAGAUGGUCAACACUCCAGUGAAAUAUAGCGAAAGCAAGCCAGGUAUACGAACAGUGCCCCCUAUGCUAGGACAACAUACGGAUGAGAUUCUUAGGGAUGUCCUGGGUAUGAAUGAAUCUGAUAUUCAAGCAUUGAAAAGGGAAGGCGCAGUGAAAUAGAAAUAUAUAGACAUCCUAGAUAUCGAAUACCAUAAAUAUUUCUCAUU